AUGGAGAGAAGAUCAGAAGUAGAGGAACUCGAAGAUGAAAUCGAGAGAGUAACAAGUAACAGUAGAAUUGCAAGAGCUUUAUGGAAUUCAUUGGUGGUAGAGGAAGAGGAUUUAGUUAGUGGUGGUGAUCAUCAUGAUCAUGAUGUCAACAUGCAAGAGGAAAUAGCAAGUAGUUCUACACGUAGAGGACCAUCAUCUCUCCAGAGAUACAGUCAUUUGUUACAACCACCAAGAAUGCCAUAUCGUUGGACACACCGAUUAUUCACUACCGAUCAUCUUCAUCAAGUUGUUAAUCAAAACAAUACUAAUGAUGAUAAAGAUAAUGAAGAGGAGGAAGAAGAAGAAGAAGAAGAAGACAGUCAUCAAAGUAGUGAUAUGUUACAACAACAGCAUCAGUAUCCAUAUGCAGAUGAUGAUAUAACCAGAGAAACAGAUAGUGACAAUCAUAACGAAGAAGAGGUAGAGGUGGAGGAAGAGGAGGUAGAAGAAGAGGAAGAGGAAGUGGAUGGAGAGUUUGAAGAUGGAGAUGGAGAGGAAGAGUAUUAUUUUGAGGAAGAGGAGGAAGAGGAAGAAGAAGGUGGUGAAGGCAUUAGCUACUUUGAAGAUCUAGAGAGAUAUGUAAUCAAUAUGGGAGAGGAUCAAGAGGACCAGUAUGACGAAGAUGAUUAUUAUGAUGAGGAGGAAGAGGAUGAUUACGAUGAAGAUGAAGAUAAUAUUACAAUCAAUGGUGAAGAUGAUGACGAAGAUGACUAUGACGACGACGGUUACGACGAUGAAGAUGAAGAUCAGGACAACGACAACGACGACUAUCUCUUGGAGGAAAGAAUCAUGUUUUGUGAUCUAGAAGAUCCUGCUUCUGCUGUUUCUUCAUCACCAGUAUUCCGCGGAUCAUCAUCAUCAUCGUCGUCGUCGACAUCAUUAUCUUCAUCGUCGUUGUCAUCGCUAACGAAUGUCGGUGGUAUCAACUUUAAUAGCAGUAGUAACAGCAGUAAUAUAAGUAACAACAGUAUCAAUAUACUUAGACAAUUCACAUCGCUCUCACUCAAUCUCAACACGAAUCAUCCGAUGCAGUUAUUGGAUAUACUUGAGCAUUAUUAUAGAAACAAUGAUACACCUAUUUUUAAAACAUAUCAAGAUAUAAUAUUACCAAUGGUUUCAUCAUUCUAUCAGAGAAUAUCGAAUGAAGAUCUUUUAAUUAUAAAUAGACAUUUGAAAGUACUUAUAGAUAAAGAUCAAUACUUUGCACAGAUAGUUCCUCUACUAGAUAAGAAAACACAAUAUCUAAAAAUUUUCAAUCAACGAUUGACAUCGAUUAGAAAUCUUUGUGGAUCAAACAAUAAUAGUCAUUAUUUCCUUUAG